AUGGACAGUUCGGGAGUUGAUAGACCAAGCCAAUCAGAGGUAUCGAAAGAUUCUGGAACAGGUAAACUAAAUGGACUCUUGGAAUAUAUUGACGUGUCUUACAUUUGUUCUUAUACCCUCCCUUUUAAUCCGGUUUGUUUGCCAUUUUAAAUAUUAUUUCUUAAAAUUUUUAAUGAUAGUCUACUACAUAUUUUCAUACAUUAGGCUAUAUUCAUUACCACUUGAACCGGAAACCGUUUACCUAUUUAACCAAACGGAAACAAACAGCAAACUGUACGAAAUGGGGAGGGACUUACCUGAAUUUGUCCAAUAGAAACUCGUUUUCGUUGGAAAAUAAUUUCCAUGCCAUAGAUGCACAAAUACUUGAAAACCCAAGUUUAUUCUUCUGGACAGAGUGUAUCUACCAGGCUACAAAUCAACUGGCCACAUUGUAAAUCACCUUUAAUCACUUCGUUUUAAGCACCAGAAAGCCAGGUCUAUGUUAGUGGUCAUAUGAGUAUUGUGUGCCCCAGCUAACAAGCAGCUGUCUAGAGAUAUAUAUGAGGCUCUGUUGAAAUGGUCAGUAUCUCCCUGUGCAGGUGGGAUUUAGUGUUUUAUGUGCUGUGCAUCGUUUCGCCGAGCCUGUGUGGCGGACAGCAGCCUUUGUCCUUUGACUGAUGGGGUUUAGGGUGGCUGACAGCUCAGCGUUAUCAACUGGUUUUCCCUGGCGCAGGGCGGCGAGAGGCUGGUGAUGGACAGGGUUAUGCCAGGCAGGCAGUGGGGAUGCAUGGCUUCCCAUUAGAGUUUCCACCCAGGCACCGACCUACGUUGGUGGGCUCUCAUCUGCCAGGUCUCCCUGGCCCUGGGCUGACUGGGUCAGCAUCCCAAAUGGCACCCUAUUCCCUAUAUAGUGCACUACUUUUGACCAGGGCCUAAGUGAAAAAGUGAACUAUAUAGGAAAUAGGGUGCCAUUUGGGAUGCACACAGGCUCUCCAGUUAAGUUACAGCCCCACAUCCAGGCGUGUUUUCCCCCUGCCAUUAGUUAUAGGUCCCUGAGUUUGUCCUGAUCAGCUAAAAUGAAAGAACGUACUAUAUGUGGCUGCCUAGCCUUGUCUAAAUUAUGUCUGGCUUCAAUUAGUUUUAGUAGAAGACUCUUCGUUGCCAAUUAUGUGUGAAACACAUCUCACUGACCUAGAAAUCCCUCGGUCAUGAUCAAAACAAAUCCAGGGUCCCACAGGGUGAAAUUCCCUGUUAAUGUGUCUAGUGCAAUUCGUCCUAGGAACAAUCAAGGGUUUGGCUGGUGAGGAUCCACUGUAUCACCAAUCAUGCCACUGGUGUGACAGCAUUCAUAGACCGUGUUAGAUGUCCUUGGUUUAAACAGAGGUAUCCAGGGUCUGUGGGAAAAGGCACACAGAGGAAUGUCAGUCACCCUAUCUCAGUGGAAAAGGGAAGGUAGUGCACCUGCAUGUAUCCAUCUCACAGUUUGUCCCUGCCACUCAGGUUACAGCCAGAGCCCGUGCCAAUAUGUUGAGACUCAGAGAGCCAUGAGUUCUCUGUAGCUAUGUUUCCAUCAACUUGUCCAGUGAUUAUUUUUGUCGACCAGUGGACCACCUCAGAGGAGGAAGGGGAGCACCAUCCUCAGUGAAUUUCAUAAAAAUAGUGAAACAUUAGGUAGCCUUUUUAGAUUAAACUAUACAAAAUAUAUUCACUUGUCACCAAAUAAUUGAUUACAACACACUGUUUAGCAAUGAAGGUCUACAGUAGCUUCAGCAGCACUCUGUAGGGUUGCGCCAUGGUGUUACCGGAGGACAGACAGCUUCUGUCCUCCUCUUGGUACAUUGACUUCAAUACAAAACCUAGGAGGCUCAUAGUUCUCUCCCCCUUCCAUAGACUUACACAGUAAUUAAGACAACUUCUGGAGGACGUCCUCCAACCUAUUAGAACUCUUGCAGCAUGAACUGACAUGUUGUCCACCCAAUCAAAGGAUCAGAGAAUGAAUCUAGGGUAAAUGUCCCUAUUAAGCCCACGUACCAUAUAAGCCCUCUUGCAAAUACUGAGUAAAAAAAAUAAAAAUAAACGACAUCAUAAUUUUUUGCUUUGUGAUGUUUCUUCCAAUUAAGCUGCUUGUUACAUAAAUGACACUUAUUAUUGUAAGCGAAUCAGAUUUGUCAAUAUUGAGUUAUCAAAGCAUAUGUGUGACAUGUGCCUGCUGAUCCCAGAAGAAGUUGCAAAAAAAACUGGUGAUUUUGGUACCCUCAGAAGAUAACAUUUAUUGCAUAUUUCUACUCCUGUUUUUGGUAAGUACUCAUUUAUUAUCAACAUUUAAGUGAUUAGUGUUUUGAACAAGACAUAUGUUAGAAUAUUACUUGAAUUAUAAAUAUUGUUUCUUUUGAAAUCAAAAUAUGAGUUUUAGCAUUCUAGCAAACAGAUUGCAUAGUAUGGUUCAUUGACAUAAAGCAUGAUAAGCAGGUAUAGUUUACAUUUUUGUAUGCAAUUUAUAUUAUUAUACUGUUAAAUAGACAAUCAAUGUUUAUGUACAUUUUUAAAUUAACAUUUUUACCUGGCGGGCUUAAAGGGGAUGCUAGCAAAAAUAUCACACUGUCUGGGGUAUAAUGAGUAUAGCUAAUUACUUCUCUGCAUGAUAAAUGUAUACUUGUUAUGUUAGUUACCAUAUAUACAUUUAUUUCAUAUAGUUGUUUUUUAUUGUCAUGUGCGUAAAAUAAAAUAUUCUGUCUUUUAACCAUAAAUUCACUGAUGUUCCUUUUAAGCCCACCUGCUCCCAUUAAGCCCACUUGAACCAUUUUCCUCCCUAAUUUUGACCUCACCUGAUAAAUCAGCUCCAUAAUUCAGAUAUUUAAUACCCAUAUUUAAAUAUCAGUCAUAUUGCAUAGGUCAAUUCAUUCUGGAUAGGCCUAUAUUCUAUACUAACAUUAACCAUUUUUUAAAAUCUUUAGGCCUACUUUUCAGAUUAGUUUUAGUUUGAGAAGACGAAAAAACUACAGUUCAUGCCCACACAUGAUAGAAGCAUGCCGUCUGCACUGGAGCCCCUAAAGAAGAAGCUGAAGGCCUUUGUGGAAGUGAAACAGACCUGCGAUAAAACAGCCGUGCAUAUUAAGACCCAGACCCAGCAGACGGAGAAGCAGAUUAAGGAGGAGUUUGAGAAGCUUCACCAGUUCCUUUGA